AAAAAUUGUGUGAUGAAUGCACAAGUAUUUGAUGAUACUGUGAACCAAUGAUUGUACACGUUGGAUGAUUAUCUGUUGGAAGGGGAAGAUCAAAUACUUUUUGAUUCAUGAAGAAUCGGCUUACUAAGAAGUGUCCAUUAAGCCACUGGUUGAAUUUCCAUCAAAAAGGAAUUAAAGCAUGGAGAGGAAGGUUGUAUCAAGUUUAAGGUCUCUUAGGGGUGGUGCGGAUAAGAAACCUCCUUUUCCAAAGACACUGCCCAACAAGAAGUCUCCUGCCUUCUCUGCGACCCGGAGCCAGUUACCUGGUGCCAGUCACCCCGUGCAACGAUGCGCCCCCCACCCUGGGAACCGAAGGGGCCGGUUAAGAGAACUGCGUACCAGAUGCAUUGCCAGAAAGUUCUUGUAUUUGUGGAUUCAAAAGACUUUUGGAAGAGUCUUUCCCUCUAAAGCCAGAUCUUACUGUGAACAGAGACUACUACGGAAAGUCUUUGGCGAAUGGAAAGAAGAGUGGUGGGUUUCCCAUCGAGAGUGGAAACUCUGUGUUCGUGCGGAUUGUCACUACAGAUAUUACUUGUACAACCUGAUCUUCCAGACCUGGAAAACCUUCGUCCGUCAGCAGCAGGAGAUGAGGAACAAGUACACGAGAGCCGAAGAUUAUGAUGCAAAGCAAAAGAUGCGCCAGGCCUGGAAGUCCUGGUUGAUCUACGUGGUUGUUCGCAGGACCAAACUUCAGAUGCAGAACACGGCCCUGCAGUUCAGGCAGCGGAGUACUCUGCGGGUGUGGUGGAGUGAGUGGAGGCGGCGACUGGAAGGGGUCUGCGAGGGCCAUGCCCUCCACAUCUCAGCUGUGAAGCACAGGGCACUGAGCCUCCAGCUGCAGGCUUGGUCACGGUGGCGGGAACAGCUCCUGAAUGUCCAGAGGGACAGGCAGAAAAUGGUCUCUGCUGUGAAACACCAUCAGCACUGGCAAAAGAGGAGAUCCCUGAAGGCCUGGCUUGAGUAUCUGCAACUCUGCAGCAGAAAGAGACAGCAGAAAGAGUUGGCUGAGCGAUUCUACCGUGUCACCGUGCUGCAGACACACUUCUGUGAUUGGCAGUGGGCCCUGGAGCGGAGGGAGAGCCUGUACGCCCAGCUCACACGGGUGGAGAUGCUGGCCAGGAGGGUGGCACUGCGGCGGGCCUUCACUCACUGGAAACACUAUCUGUUGCUCUGUGCAGAAGAAGCUGUUCAGCGUAGGAUGGCAGACGAGCACCGCAGACACCACCUGCUGAACUUGUGCUUUGGAGCACUAAAAGACAACGUGACUCGUUCCCACCUCCAGCAGAUGAGAAGGAAUCUCGCCCACCGGCAACAGGAGGUCAUGCUGCAGCGCAGGUUCUGGAACCUCUGGCAGUCUCGGAUUGAGCAGAGGGAGGAAAGAGAGCAGCUGCCCUUGCUGCAUGCCGCCUGGGAUCACCACAGGAUUACAUUGCUACACAAGUGUAUCAAAUCGUGGUUACAGUAUAUUCAGAAGAGGCAAUACAAGCAGGUGCUGCAGGCCAGAGCAGAUGGUCAUUUCCAGCAGCAAGCCCUGCCUGUUGCCUUCCGGGCAUGGAGAAGACUCUGGCAGUGGCACCAGCAGGAGAGCGUCCUUAAAGCAAGAGCAACACGCUUUCACAGGGAGAUGGUGGGGAAGCAAGUAUUUGCUAUUUGGUCACAGAAGAUGUUUCAGCAUCGGGAGAACCGCUUGGCAGAGAGAAUGGCCAUCCUCCACGCAGAGCGGCAUCUUCUGCAAAGGUUCUGGUCCACGUGGCGCCAGCAGGCAGCAGCCCAUCGCCAGGAGCAGCGCUGGCAGGCCGUGGCCUGUGCCCACCACCGCCACUGGCGGCUCAGGAAAACUUUCUGUACCUGGAAGGAGAGUGCUCAGGGGCUCAGGACAGAGAAGAUGGGAAAGGCGCGGGCUGCAGUGUUCCACUCGGCCCAGCUCCUGCGUUGGGCCUGGAACAGGUGGAGGGAGUACCUGGCCCUCCGGAACGCUGAGCGGCAGAAGUGGAUGCGAGCAGACCUGCAUUACCAGCGCACCCUGCUACGCAGGCUACUGCAGAGAUGGCUGACUUACCAGGACAGGGUGCGGAGUAUCCUACAAGAGGUGGCAGCCCAGGAAAGACAGCAUGACAGGCAGCUGCUGCGGGGUGUGUUACGUCGCUGGCGAGAGAACACCAUGGCCCAUGCGGAUGAAGCUAAAAAAACCUUCCUAGCAAGGGAGCACUACAGAAGGACCCUGUGUUCAAAGGUCCUGCUCCAGUGGAGAGAGGCCGCAUCAAUGCAGAUCUACUACCGGCUGCAGGAGGACUGCGCCGUCAGGGAAGCCUGGAAGGUGCUGAAUCGGGGCCGUCUCCGGACUGUGUUUCGGCACUGGCGGGCCCGCAGUCAGAGGUCAGCUGAGCGGAGAGUCCAGGAGGAGCGGGCUGCCCUGCAUUGCCGCCGGCGGCUGCUGCAGGAGGCCGUGGCCCGGUGGAAGGCGUACCACCUGGGGUGUAUCAGGAAGAUGCUCCUGCAGAGGCAGGGCACCCAGCUCCUGGCCCAGAGACUCAGCCGCUCGUGCUUCCGCCAGUGGAGACAGCAGCUGGCGGCCAGGAAGCAGGAGCAGCAGGGGGUGGCACGGGCCCUGUGGUUCUGGUCCUUCUCACUGCAGGCGAAGGCCUGGCACGCGUGGCUGGUCUUUGUGCUGGAGAGGAGGCGGAAGAAGGCACGGCUGGAGCAGGCGGCACAGGCCUACCACCACCAGCUCCUCCGGGAGGGCGUCACCCGCCUCCUGAGGUUUGCAGCCAGCAUGAGGGCCUUCCGGCAGCAGCUGCAGGCCCAGCAGCAGAUCCAGGCUGCCCGCAGUCAGCACCGUGCGGUCCAUCGCUGUGCCAUGCUCUGGAAGCAGAAGGUGCUGGGCCCGGGCAGGGAGCCCCCACCCCCCAUCCCCACUGCACCCAGCAGGAGAGUGACAUUCCGGGGCUCCCCUUUCAUCCACGGUGCUGUCGGUGCUGGGGACGCCACCUGCCUGGAGGCCAAGAGGCCACAAGUGCCCCGUGGGCCUACAGGAGGUCUGGGCAGCCUGCUGCUGGCAGCUGGGGAGCCCCAGCUCCUGGAGCUGAACGCCGCCCGCUUGGCAAGGAAGCAGCCCCGAUGCCCAGACUUCCUGCUGGAGCCCGUGCAGAGCCAGAGACCCCUGGGUUGUGACACCCUUGGGGGACAGGGGCCUGAGACGCCGUGGGAGCGUGGCCUAGCCCUGGCCCAGCCAGUGGGCCCUCCCGUGACGAGGCCCUUCCUGGCCGAGGCCCAGGUGGCACUGACCACAAGCAGCCACCUGCCUCAGCCCGGGGCCCUACUGAGGCCCCCUGGCCCAACGCUGCCCCCCAUGGCAAGUGCAGGCCCCGAACUGCUGCUGCUGCCUCCUUCCUCCUUCCUGCCGUGUGGGGUGGAAGCACCUGCCAGGAUAUCUACAAAGCCAGCUGUCCCUGGGCUGCAGCCUCAAGGCCCCCCAUCCCUGGCCAGUGCCCCCGACCCUCACCUGCUGCUCCCAAGGGACUUCACAGGCACUAGGGCCCGUCCCGGGCGUGGCUCUGAAAGCACAGGACGCACAGAACUCGAGGCUGAGCUUGAGGGGAUCCGCCAGCAAUUCCAGCACUACCAGACCAACAAGCAGAACCUCCGGUCCUGUGAGCGGCAAGCCAGCAGCCUGCGCAGGUGGCUGGAGCUGAGCCAGGAGGAGCCCAGGCCCGAGGCCCAGGCAGCGGAGCAGCAGGUGCAGAAAGAGCUGGAACAGGUAGAAGCGCAGAUCCAGCACCUGGCAGCAGAGCUCCAGGCCCAGCGCCAGCCCAUCCAGGCCUGCAUUGCGCGUGUCCGGGCCCUGCGGCAGGCUCUGUGCUAGCUGGCCCCGCACCAGGAGGCAGGUGCUGGGCUGCCGUGGAAGCCUCAAGCCCCCUCCAGGAACAGAAUACAAAACUACAAUGAGUUUUUAAUUUUUUUUUUUCCAAAAUGUUUGCAAUUAAAUGAUCUACUGUUCAGAAGUCUCCCACUUUUCAUACAAAAAUACUGUGCUACUGAUACAGUUGAAAAAGUUCAAUGGCUUCUCCUGCAGGAGAAAUUCACAGCAUCCCCAGGAUCAACGUGAAACACAAGGCCCUGUCACUACCCUCAGUUGCACCCCAAGGACCGCGUACCUGUUAACCUGGGGACAGGUUUUAUUUUCUAGGCACUCCCCCAUACACACACCAGGGCUCCUCUGCUUCCACCACAAGCCCCUUGAAAUCAAUAGCAGCAACUUCCCCCUAUUUCAUGCAGGUCUGGGGGCAUUGGGAGGUGGCACAAGGACCGGCUCUCCCUGUCCAGAGUUACCUGGGCUAGGCCUCCAUUCACAUCAGACACCAUCGAGUAGGUUCUGGCUUGCUUGCUGAAGAGAGGAUGAGGCCAGCUCCAGAAGGGUGCUCAUUGGGGCUGCAAAGGGCCAAGCCAUCCCAGAAGACGUUGGCAAGAGUCCAUGGUGAUUCUCGCCACAAGUGCAAAGACGACAAAAGAUGUAGCUUUUCCCAACGAACAGGGCAGGGUGAAGAGAACUUGGGAACAGAGAACAGGGAUCGUAAAGGCCAUGUGGGCCCGUUCUGGGGCACGGUGGGUCCACAGUCAGUGCCCAGGGGCACCUCACCCUGUGCAGGGGGAAGGCACAAAAAGCAAAAGGGGCUGACAAAACGGCCCAGGGAACGGGAGGAGCAGCAAGAAGACACCUUACCAUUUACCACCAAGACCAACUGAACACUCAGCCAGAGAGAUGAGGGGCUCCGGCCUAUACAGCAGAUUAAAAAAGACACACAACUAAACUUGA